GCAUCGCGUGGACGUAAUCGCCAACUUCUUCUCCGAGCUGCUGCUCCCUCUGCAGAAGUUGGUGCAUCCGGUCGUGCUCCUUCUGGUGGCAUCGGAACCUAUCCAUCAGCGAGGCUCGAAUCUGGGACCACCUGUCCACUCUGCAGUGACGCACGUGCACCCAGUACCACUCCCGAGCCCGCCCAGUAAGCAGUACGUGGAAGUUUCGGAGCACUCCUUGCCACGGGCAUUGGCACUGCCGAUGCAGGAAAUCCAACCGGAAGAGAAAAUCCUCCACCGAGUUUUGUUCAUCCUCCCCGUCGAAGGAUACGCCUCACCGCUCAAUUCGCCAUUGCUGGUUGGCGGCUGCCGGCCCAACAUUUGGCGUACAGGAGCGGCUCCUGGCGGAACUCUGAGGCCCUGCGGUCCUCAACGCACCAGCUUCGGGCCGGGCCAUCGUCCCGGCGCGACCUUCCAUGGUCCGGAGGAUAUCCGGGACUGCUACUCUCCAACUCCUGGAAAUCUAGCGGCCUCCUCGGCGGUUUGGGUGGCACCCUCGGCGGAGGUGGCCUGGAACCGUCCAUGCCGGCGACCUUUGUGCACCUCGGCACCGCACCUUGCGGGGCUUGGCCAGGGAUUCCUGCAGUGAUCCUUGAAUCCGGACGCCUUCGCUCAUCCGGCAUGCUCUCCAGGGGAAGCUGAGGCCGCUGAGCAGCAGGCCUUAACACCUCGUUCAUCAGCUUCAUCAUUUCCAUGAAGCCACUUCGAAUCUCGUCCUUCAAAGCCUGAUUGAUCCCGCCUUCUUGGGCCUUCCGAUGGGUCUUCGCCGCCUGUGCCAAAGCCACAUUAACGACCGACUUUGCAGCGGAAUUCACAAAAGGAUCGAGGAGUCUUGCAUCCUUAUCGUCCAGCUGCAACAACUCAUUCGCCGCGGAACCAAUUCCCUCCAGGAUCUGCUGCUGCCUUAGGUCCUGCUGCAGCUCGGGCAACCCUUCCGAUAUGCGCGGCAAGCCAGCCUCGGUAGCGCCCUCCACAUCCGUGGAUCACAUCUUUUUGUCGUCCUCGCCUGGAAAACCCUUCGAUCGAAGCAGCCUCAAUACGGGGAGAUGGAGCCGAUCACCAGCCGGUAGACUCCGCGCCAGUGGUCUUGCGUCUACAAUUCCGUCCGAAUUCUCUCUAAACAAGCCGCUCUUCAACUGGACUAACUUUCAGUCGUGCUGAAAGGCGCCAGAUAAGGAAUUCGGCUGUUUGCAGGAUCGCAUAGGAUUUCCUUUUUGCGCUUUUCAUUCAAGUCGCGGUGGGCGAGCAGCGCGUGAGGACGGCAUGGGUCACGACCAUACAUUUAAGUUUGAAACCGAUAUGAUAUGAAAACGCAAAUACCAAGAAAACCCAAGGAUCUUCACAAAACAAACAACUACACUGACACCCCAAAACAAAACAUGUCCCUAAUACCUAUAUCACAGUUUUAUCACAGUUUUUGGAUUGACCUUUCGUGCUUAUUGCACGGACGACCUGGCAUGCGAAUCCUUCGAUUUCCUUCGAAGAGGAUGUCACCGCCAAAUCACAGCUAAGCCCUGUGAACUGUGCCUCGGGAGCAAUUGUCCUACCUCUAGUGGACACGCCUCCCUUUCUUCCUACAAAAUUUAAAUUUUCUCCACCAGUCGGUGCAAUUGCAUGUGGGUCAUGCAAGCUACCGUUCGUCGGCUGGCUGGAGAUAUAAAUAUGCGAGACGCCGUCGACUCGGCUAUCACAUAUUUAUUUGUUAAAUUUGGGCGCCAUAUUGUUAUGGAACUGCAUUUUUCCCGGAGGGCAGCGCCGGCUAGCCACGGAGUCCCAGGGCGGAGUACCCCCUAUGCCCUGCAGUCCAAUCAAUCGAUACCGACACAUCGGACGUCUCACGUCACUGACUUGACGAUUACCAUCACUAUCACAAAUCAAAACAAACAAGGUAUUUUUUUUUACAUCAAAAACUAAGACAAUUGGACGAAAUUGGUGGCUUCGGACCGGAGUCUAUUCCUGGUGGAUCAGGAUCAGCUCAUCUCCCCGCCCAAGGUAACUCACACAACCAUCUCGGUAGCUUGCUUACAUUUAAUUUUGGGCAAGACUAAUUAUAGAAUACAUUCAAAUUUAAUUCCUACUCGUAAUCUACUCUUUUCAUUAGCAACACUUAAGGCCGAACUCAGAGCGUCGCCUAGAUGAGAAGUGGUCAAAGCGAUAAUGGAAGGGGAAUUUUUGGACGCUUAAAAUUACAAAUUACCAAAUUGGAGGCGUUUGCCAACCGGGUCACCUAAUCCUGAGGAGCUCCAAGGGAAAAGAAAGGACGUGCUAAAAGGGUAAGUACGACAAAUAAAUCCCUUAAUUCAUAAAAUUUAGCAACCCAAUUUAAACGUAGUUGGACGCUCGGCUGGGGUGCGGAAUUAAUGCCUCUAAUUCCAGAUUAGAUUUCACAGUGAAGGCUUUGAAACGUUGAGUUCAACGUUGGUCAUUGUCGCAACUGCGAUCAGAAGAAGAGACCGCUAGCGGCAAAAGCCGGGUCUGCACGGAGCCAAGUGGUCCGGAGGAUUCACACAGCGUCUGCGCCAGAGGGCCCGGAGGCAGUGCGUCGGUGGUCCCAGAGAUGAUCAGGUGGUCAGCGCGGGUAUUCGUUCCCGGAACGGACUCACCGAGGGAAUCUCCGUAAGUGGCUGACGCGGAAGGCUGUUGAUGCUGCUGAUCGCUGAUGCUGCU